UCCUGUCCCCAUGUGUGUGCCUAACCUCUAAUGAAUAGACCACGCGCCGGUCAUUGUGCUCGGUCACUACCGCCGGACUGCCCCGAUAACUACACCUCCGCUAUCACUCCGGACAAACCGCGUCCAACCUUCGGGACACCUCCACAUCUCUCCCGAGACGACGGCCUCUCUCAACCCGGGACAAACAGACUGUGGAUGUGCAUCUCUGCCUACAAGUGACUAACGUACAAGAGGGACGUUUUCUACUAGUAGGGUGGUAGAGGAAAGUAUGUCGAACUGUUAUGGGAACUAGUGAAUGACUAAACGCUUGGAUUGAAGCUACUGUACUGAAAUCCCUUCAAAACGUACGGCCAACUCCUGACGGUCAAAAGUUUGGGAUAUUUCCACAUUGGGAUCAGAUAGACGGAACUCCAUCGUGUUUCAAAGUCAUACAGAAGUUACCAUCUUACGACGUAGUGUCAGAAGGCACAAGUUCAAAAGAACAGGUGCAAAAAGGACGGCGGUGCCUUUGAUCUUACUUCUGAGGGAAGGAGGAAACGUACCUUGACGACUAAGAUGUGGCGGACUUUCUCCAAGACGUCUUACGGACCAAGAAACACGUAAGCACCUGAGUUCAAGGAGUUGGUCACGUGUGCCGCGUGGAAAGUUGACCUGGUGGAAGGAGUAACAAGGAGAUGACUCGUAGUCACUUGCUGACAUCUCAAGAAAAAGUCUUCAAGGUUGAAAGCAAGCCGCAAGUGUCUUAGAUGGAAUCUUAAGAUGGUACGUGUCGUCUGUGGUGAGAUGUUGGUGUGAGACGUGCUAGUUGGACUUCGUGGUGAAUGCUGACAAGUUGUCAGUACACAGAACGCGGUUUGUACAACGUUGUUGUUGUCCUGCUCGUCUGUCCCUUCCUGUUGACAAGCCCGUGUUGUUGGUUGCAUCUCAUCAUCAGUGUGUUCAUGUGACACCGGGAGGGGGUGGCAACUCCACCGGGACCUGAUCAUACCGCACCGGUAGCUGACAGCCAGACAAGCCGUGGAUUUAUUUCUCCUGUGCGCGAGCGCGUGUAUGCGUGUAUACAGGAUUCCACGUACCAAACUUACGGAGUUUUCAUCGUGAACGUUGGAAUACUUUCCUCGGUGUGUGUUGAAGAUUUUACCGGCCGGAUUUCUUUGUAUCGCGUCAUUUCUGAAAUAUUCUUUGCCGUCUUCAUGUUAAGGAUUCGAAACGGAUUCUUCAAGCGUCGUUCUUUUUCCCACGUGUUGUCUGGGAUUUCUUCCUAUCGGCUUUCGAAAGUUUCUUGGAUCUUUGACAAUUGGAUAUAAGGUGAAGAAGCUACCAAGAUGCGGCCAAGGUAUCGCUCAGUUCUAAGAUUUGCAGCGUUGCUGUUGGGUCUUAUUAUCGUCAGAGUGGAUAGUGCCAAACAUAAGAAGAAGCGGCAGCUGUCCCAGUACACCUGGAGCACCUGGGGACCCUGGUCCACCUGUACGCGCACCUGCGGAAUGGGCGUGUCCCACCAGACACGGAGGUGCCUGUACGCAGGUGUGGAGGACAGUACGGCGGUGUACCCAAGCGGAAGUGACGUAGGCAGGUACAACUGUGUGGGCCUCUUCCGGCGGUACAAGGCAUGCGCAGAACAGGCCUGCCCCCCUGGUACCCCGGACGCCCGUGAGGAGCAGUGCACCGCCCAUAACAGCAAACCCUUCAUGGGAAGGUUGUACCAGUGGGAGCCGUUCCUAGAAGGUCACUUCUCCGCGUGGGUCGGCUCACAUCUCCCGGGGGUACAGGGUCGCCCCUCCCUCUCUGUGGGCAGCCACCCCACGGGUUGUGUGGAUCCCGGGGGGUCUAUCCUGGGUCGGACCACCCCGUGGGGACAUGUGUGUACUGAAGGUCUCCUCGGAUCGUUACCCUUGGCAACGGCCGUGACUGACAGGUCCCUCAGACGACACGGCUGA